AUGCCGCCUAAACAAAAAGAAUACACGCGUCAACAGCUCACGCGUGGUCUGGCAUUUCAAGACCAGACACCCAAUUUUCUCAAAGCCUUUCAGGCGCGCGUGAGUGGUCGUGGAGGGGGUGCGGAUGACGACGACGCGCCUGCGAUUGCAAAUGACGACGAGUACCCGGAUAUGGAUCAAAGUGAUUCUCGUUAUGAGAAUGGUGAUGGUGGUGGGGUCAAGUUGGAUGAAUUUGGUCGUGAGAUACGGAUGGGAAGUGAAGAGCGUGAGAUGAGAGCAAAAGUACAAGAGAAGAAGCGAUGGGAGAAGAGGAUGGAAGAAGGGGAUGAGGAAGGGGAUGAGGCCCCUUUGGUUGUUGUGCUCAAGGAGGGCAAACAUUUGAGCGCGCGGGAGGCGGAGAAUGAGCGACGAAAGGCUCGUGGAUUGCCGCCUCUUCCCGAUGACGAAGACUUGUCGGCUGCGAAUUCCUCUGUACCCAAGGGUGAUGUCGAGACCCAGAAGCUGGCCAAGACAGAACCAAAGUCGUCUGUCCAGCUCGGUGGGCGUCCCUCUGGUGCAAAGCGAAAAGCGCCAGUAGGUGGCCGGGAAGACGAGCACGAUGUACAGGCUAGUAGGGGAAAUGACCAAGGCCCGGCGAAGAAGAAGACCAAAAAGGAGGAAAAGGUGAAGAAGAAGCCCGUCAAGGGGUUACUCUCCUUUGGUGACGAGGCUUAG